AUGGGUCGCUUGGCUACUAUCUCAACUUGUCAAUUGAACCAAUGGGCACUUGAUUUCGAUGGCAACCGGGAUCGCAUCCUAGAAGCUAUCCGUCGGGCCAAGGCAGCCGGCUCCAAGUUGAUACUCACUCCAGAGCUCUGCAUUCCAGGCUACGGUUUACUUGAUCACUUCCAGGAGCUUGAUACUUUCUCGCAUUCCUGGGAGGUCGCGGCCGAGAUUAUAAAGUCUCCCGAAGCUCAGGACAUUAUCAUCGAUCUGGGUCUGCCUGUUCGUCACAACGAUGUUCCUCACAAUGCUAGAGUGCUUGCAUUGAAUGGUAAAAUUCUGGCUAUCAGACCCAAAAUUGACCUCUGCAAUGAUGGAAACUACCGAGAGAUGCGUUACUUUACUCCUUGGACCAGAUACCGUGUCGAUACCUAUACGUUGCCGCUCGAGAUCCAGGAAAUCACUGGUCAGACCGAAGUACCCAUCGGAGACAUCAUCUUCCAGACCUUGGAUGCUACAUUCGCUUCCGAACUUUGCGAAGAGCUAUGGACACCCGACUCGCCUCACAUACAAUAUUCUCUCAAUGGAGCCGAGAUCAUUCUCAACUCUAGCGGUUCUCACCAUGAAUUGCGUAAGCUCGACACGCGCAUCAACCUGAUCACGAAUGCGUCCAAGUCAGGUGGAGUCUACAUGUACUCGAAUCAAAGAGGUUGCGAUGGCGAUCGCUUGUACUACGAUGGUUGUUCCCUUAUUGCCAUCAAUGGACAGACGGUCGCUCAAGGAAGUCAAUUCUCUCUCCGUGACGUCGAAGUCAUCACAUCUACUGUUGACCUUGAUGACAUCUGGUCCGCACGCCAAUCUCGUAGCAGAGGCAUGCAGGCAAUGAAGGCUCACGAAUUCGAGCGUGUCAAGAUCGACUUCGCCAUGACUCAGAAGAGUCAGUCCAAUCUCAACCUUCGAAUUGCAAAGAUGAUCGAACCUCACUAUCACAAGCCAGAAGAAGAGAUUGCUCUUGGUCCCGCUUGUUGGCUCUGGGACUAUCUACGAAGAUCUGGAGCCGCAGGCUACUUCGUACCUCUCAGUGGCGGCAUCGAUUCUUGUGCAACUGCCACUAUCGUGUUUUCUAUGUGCAGACUGGUUGUAGCUGCCAUCAAGGAAGGUGACGAACAGGUCAUCAGAGACGCAUCCCGUCUCUGUUCCAAUGACGAUGUAACCAAAAUGUCAGCUCAGGACUUCUGCGGUAGAGUGUUCUCUUCUGCCUUUAUGGGAAUGAAGGAGCAAUCCAGCAAAGAAACCCGUAGUCGUGCUGAGCAACUCGCUAAGGCAAUAGGUGCUCACCACAUUGAUUGCAACAUCGAUGAAGUUUUUAAUGCCGUCAAACACCUUGUCUCUACCACUCUCAACUUUGAACCCAAGUUCAAGGUACAUGGAGGAAGUCAGGCAGAAAACCUUGCUUUACAGAACUUCCAGAGCCGCACGAGGAUGAUUCUGUCGUAUGCAUUCGGUCAACUUCUACCUACCACUCAGGGACGUUCAGGAGGCUUGUUAGUUCUUGGAUCAGCCAAUGUGGAUGAAGCACUUCGUGGUUACCUCACCAAAUACGACUGCAGCAGCGCAGACAUCAAUCCCAUUGGUGGCAUCAGCAAGACAGACUUGAUUCGCUUCAUAGCAUGGGCAGAACAUGCAUUCGAGCUGCCGAUCCUGCAAGAAUUCAUUGACGCGACUCCCACUGCUGAGUUGGAACCCAUCACAAGCGACUAUGUCCAGUCCGAUGAAGUCGACAUGGGAAUGACAUACAAAGAACUAUCGGUCUAUGGCUAUCUCAGAAAGGUCCGCAAAUUCGGAGUCCACUCGAUGUGGGAGAAGUUGUGCGUAGACUGGCAGGAUCAGCACACUCCUCGCGAGGUAUACAAGAAGGUCCGCGACUUCAUGUAUUACUACGCCGUGAACAGACACAAGAUGACGACCAUUACACCAGCAUAUUACGCCGAGCAAUAUGCACCUGACGAUAACCGCUACGAUCUUCGUCCAUUCCUGUACCCACGCUUUACGUUUGCGCACAGAAAGAUUGAGAACGAGCUAAAAAUGAUGGAGGCUGGAGAAGCUGGCGGCGCAGAAAGGAAAUGA